AUGUACCGCUCCACCAAGGGCGCCUCCAAGGCGCGCCGCGACCAGAUCAACGCUGAGAUCCGGAACCUCAAGGAGCUCCUGCCUCUGGCUGAAGCGGAUAAGGUCCGGCUGUCCUACCUGCACAUUAUGAGUCUUGCUUGCAUCUACACUCGCAAAGGCGUCUUCUUCGCUGGAGGCACGCCUCUGGCGGGCCCCACAGGGCUUCUCUCAUCUCAAGAGCUUGAAGACAUAGUGGCGGCACUACCUGGAUUUCUACUUGUGUUCACAGCUGAGGGGAAGCUACUGUAUCUGUCUGAGAGUGUGAGCGAACAUCUGGGACACUCCAUGGUGGACCUGGUUGCCCAGGGUGACAGUAUCUACGACAUCAUUGACCCAGCUGACCACCUAACUGUGCGCCAGCAACUCACCCUGCCUUCUGCCCUGGACACCGAUCGCCUCUUCCGCUGUCGAUUCAACACUUCCAAGUCCCUCAGGCGCCAGAGUGCAGGCAACAAACUGGUGCUUAUUCGAGGCCGAUUCCACGCUCAUCCACCUGGAGCCUACUGGGCAGGAAACCCUGUUUUCACAGCUUUCUGUGCUCCACUGGAGCCAAGACCUCGCCCUGGCCCUGGCCCUGGCCCUGCCUCACUCUUUCUGGCCAUGUUCCAGAGCCGUCAUGCUAAGGACCUGGCCCUACUGGACAUCUCCGAGAGUGUCCUAAUCUACCUGGGCUUUGAGCGCAGUGAACUGCUCUGUAAAUCAUGGUAUGGACUGCUGCACCCUGAGGACCUGGCCCACGCUUCUGCUCAACACUACCGCCUGUUGGCUGAGAGUGGAGAUAUUCAGGCAGAGAUGGUGGUGAGACUGCAGGCCAAGCCUGGAGGCUGGGCAUGGAUUUAUUGCCUGUUAUACUCAGAAGGUCCAGAGGGCCCCAUUACUGCUAAUAACUACCCAAUCAGUGACACAGAAGCCUGGAGCCUCCGCCAGCAGCUGAACUCUGAAAACACCCAGGCAGCCUAUGUUCUGGGCACCCCAACCAUGCUGCCCUCAUUCCCAGAGAGCAUCCUUUCCCAAGAGCAGUGCUCCAGCACCAACCCACAUUUUCCCCCAGCCUUGGGGGCUCCCAGAAGCACCAGUUUCCCUAGUGCCCCAGAGCUGGGUGCUGCCUCAACAUCAGAAGAGCUUCCUCAAACCCAAAAAGAGUUGGGCUUUAGUUACCUGGCAUUCCCAUCUGGCCCUGAGCCUUCCCUUCAAGCAGACCUGAGCAAGGAUCUUGUGUGUACUCCACCCUACACACCCCACCAGCCAGGAGGCUGUGCCUUCCUCUUCAGCCUCCACGAGCCCUUCCAGACCCACUUGUCCACUCCAACCAGCUCUCUCCAAGAACAGCUGACUCCAAGCACUGCCACCUUUUCUGAUCAACUGACGCCAAGCAGUGCAACCUUCCCAGAUCCGCUGAUGAGCCCACUUCAAGGCCAGCUGACCGAAAGCUCAGCCAGAAGCUAUGAAGAUCAACUGACUCCCUGCACCUCUGCCUUCCCAGACCAGCUGCUUCCCAGCACUGCCACCUUCCCAGAGCCUCUGGGCAGUCCUGCCCAUGAACAGCUGACUCCUCCCAGCACCGCAUUCCAAGCACACCUCAACAGCCCCAGCCAAACCUUCCCAGAGCAACUGAGCCCCAAUCCCACCAAGACUUACUUCACCCAGGAGGGAUGCAGUUUUCUCUAUGAGAAGUUGCCCCCAAGUCCUAGCAGCCCUGGUAAUGGGGACUGCACGCUCCUGGCCCUAGCCCAGCUGCGGGGCCCCCUCUCUGUGGACGUCCCUCUAGUGCCCGAAGGCCUGCUUACACCCGAGGCCUCUCCAGUCAAACAGAGUUUCUUCCACUACUCUGAGAAGGAGCAGAAUGAGAUAGACCGCCUCAUCCAGCAGAUCAGCCAGUUGGCUCAGGGCAUGGACAGGCCCUUCUCAGCUGAGGCUGGCACAGGCGGGCUGGAGCCACUUGGAGGUCUGGAGCCCCUGGACUCCAACCUGUCUCUGCCGGGGGCUGGUCCCCCUGUGCUCAGCCUGGACCUGAAACCCUGGAAAUGCCAGGAGCUGGAUUUCCUGGCUGACCCUGAUAACAUAUUCCUGGAAGAGACGCCCGUGGAAGACAUAUUCAUGGAUCUCUCUACCCCAGACCCCAAUGGGGAAUGGAGUUCAGGGGAUCCUGAGGCAGCGGUCCCAGGAGGGGCCUCAUCGCCUUGCAACAACCUGUCCCCAGAAGACCACAGCUUCCUGGAGGACCUGGCCACAUAUGAAACCGCCUUUGAGACAGGUGUCUCAGCAUUCCCCUACGAUGGGUUUACUGAUGAGUUGCAUCAACUCCAGAGCCAAGUUCAAGACAGCUUCCAUGAAGAUGGAAGUGGAGGGGAACCAACGUUUUGAAUAAGUCUGUGACUUAACGUCGUCAAGUAUGGCAUAUUGUCAUCAAG